AUAGACAUAGCCCCUAACCUUAACCCACCCACCACAUAGUCCCAAACCAUUUUGUUGGUCCUCCAUUUCUAUUUCUUAUUCCCUGUUCUGUUCAUGAAGAUAUGAGAGAUCGGAUGAAGAGAAACGUUGUUCUUCCCUUCUCCAUCGGCUGUGUCUCCGAAUCAAGCGUCGCUGUAGGUGCAAACCACACUAAGAAACCAAAACUAGAAGCAAUUCCAUCUAUAGCAAGAGGACAAGAAGGAGAGAGCAUAUCUGGUGACAAAAUGAAGAACUUGCUACUGGCUCUUCCAAAGCCUAACAUCUCAGCCGGGUUACAGAGGUUGAUAAAGAGUUUCAAGAGCUUCUCUCAUCAUAUAUUAGUGUACAAAGAUGAGGUUGAAGAGAUGGAUAUUCAUGAGAUGGAGAUAGGGUUUCCCACAGAUGUGAAGCAUGUGACACAUAUAGGAUGGGAUGGUUCUGAAACCACCAACCCCUUGAAGGGUUGGGAUAACCUCAAAGCUCCUGAAAUGAUCUCCCUCCCUAAUCUCUCUCUAAGGCAGUUUGAACUAGCCAUGGCUGCACAGGCAGAUGAAUCUCUUCUUGCUCGUUCUUCUGUGGUUUCUUAAAAACGAUUAUUUAUGCUGAUAGUUGAUAUUUCUGGUGAUUAUUAUAUUGAUGAUGAUGUUUCUGUUGAUGGGUGGAUCAGGAAAUUAAUGUAUAGUGUGGGAUCAUUUUGUAAAAUUGGAAACUUCACCUUAUGUUUCUUUGCUUCUUUUCGUUGCUUUUGGAAGCUUCCACAGAUAAAAGACAGAUUUUAUAA